AACCCUUAAAACCCCAGUCUUUCGCGCAGCAGCGGCGGAGCAGAGUGAAGAACCAAACGAACCCUAGAUGAUCGUGUUCUUGUCCCUCCACUGACCACCACAAUGCCAUCUGAGGCGCAGAAGAAGAGGGAUAGGGAGAAGAGAGAGCAGGGCCAAGCCAAGCGGGCGGCCAAGCAGUCGGCGCCGCCGCCCAAAAAGGCCGCGCCGGCGGCCGCGCCGAGCCCUCCCAACCUCGACAAAGGCGACGAUUUGGAGUGCGAUAGCUUACUGACUUCGGACAAGUAUUCUCAUGAUGUUGAGAUUUCCAUUAAAUCUCUUGCAUUUCGGGGAGAGGACCUCGUCACCAAGUCUACUCUGAAACUGGAGCAUGGCAGGAAGUAUGGACUUGUAAGUUCAUCAAGAUCAGGAAAGUCAGUUCUCUUCAGAGCAUUGACAGACAAGAGCAUGAAGAUUCCACUGCACAUGGAAGUGUGCCCUCCGCUGUAUAACCCCGAGCACAGCCAUCUGUCUGUCAGAGAGUAUGUGACGUCCUGUAAUGAAGAAAUAGACAAGAUUGAACAUAUAUGUGGAGUAUUGGCUAUCGAGGGUGUCGGUGAUACUGAAGCUGCAAACCUCUUAUCUUGGCGGCACGCAAUGUUGGAAGAUUCACUUGUGGAACAUCGUGCUUUCCAAGUGCUGCAUGGACUAGGAUUCGACAGAGAUAUGCAAGAAACAGUGAUUGAAAAGCUCGAGGACAGAUGGCAUAUGGCUAUCGCAUUGGCAAAAGCGUUGGUCGUGAACCCAGCAAUUCUCUUGCUUGAUGAACCGACACAUUACCUUGACCUAUAUGCGUUAAUUUGGCUUUCCAGUUGGUUGAAUAAACUAAACAACAACUGUAUACUCAUUGUCAAGUCAAAUGAUGUGGAGUUUCUGAGUGAGGUCUGUGAUAAUUUCAUUGAUCUGCACAACAGUAAGUUGAAGCAAUAUGAUGGUACAUAUGAAGAUUAUUCCAAGUCGAAGGAAGUGGACCUCUCAUACCAAUCUCCACCUUUCCAUUUGGCAAAUGCAGAAAAAAUAAUGCCACCAUUUCUGCAGCUUGUUGCUCUAGAGAAAACGUAUCCUCCUGGCAAAGUUAUUUUCAACAACGCCAAUUUGGAUAUUGAUUUGAAUUCGAGAAUUGCACUGAUUGGCGUCAAAGGGGCAGGAAAAACCACACUUUUAAAUAUAUUGGCAGGUGCUGUGGUUGGAGGCAUGUCACGCAGUUCCAACUUACGGAUAGGACACUUUGAUCAGGUUCUAGUUGAGAAGCUGGAGCUGGACCAGUCAGUCGGGGACUAUGUCCAAAAGGAAUGCCAUGCGGAGAAAAAAAGUGGAAUGCUACAGUUUUGGCUGUCAAGUUCAAUGCGUCGCAAGAAAACACGCACUCUCAUGCAUGAUCAAAAGGCAUCUCUUGCUUUUGCUUGCAUAGCAGCCAAGAAGCCCCAUUUGUUGUUGAUUGAUGAUCCAACCAAGUUCAUGGACUUCGAGAGCAUUGAAUCCCUAGCGAUGGCAUUGAAAAACUGGGAAGGUGCUUUUGUGUUGGUGAGUAAUAACAUCAGAUUAAUCAAUGCUGCACUUUGUGAUGUCUGGGUCUGUGGGAGUAAAGAACUCCUCAAAAUUGAAAGUAAUAUCACGGAGUUAAGUCAAGAAAUCAAGGACCAAAAUGAAAACAUGAAACUUCUUGAAGAUCCAACAGCUUUUAGAGGUUCCUACCCCCGAUUUGCUAUAUUUACCAACUCAAAAAAUGUUACCAAAUUUGCUGAAGCUGUUCACUCGUCACUUGUAUAUGAGGAGUAUAUUGAUGGCUUGAAGUGCAGCUACAAGCCAAACUGCAUUCGCUUUGGUGAAUAUAAAAAACAGAUAGCAAUGGUUACAUCUGCGCCUACCUGUAGCCUAGCAAAGGGUGACAUGCAAAUUCAAGGUGAGAUGUUUGUUUGGAAGACCUACAGAAUGACAACUGACCCGGGAAAGCUGAUAUGCAAAUCGUUGCUUUACAUCCUUCAUGAGUCCGAGUCAAUGGUAGAGUGCUUGAGUGAUUUUGACGAAUCACAUGUCUGGGUAAGUCCUGAUGGUAGAGCACUUCUUAGAGGACCCCGACGCAAGAGGCUCUGUAAGAUUCAGUUGAGAAGAAACCGCAUGUCCAUUCACAAGAUAAUAUCAGACAUGUGUUCAGAGGGUGGUGCAAUUCCACCAGAUACAAGUUAUCUCCUUGACAUGAUAAAGAAUAAACCUGAGAUGUCAUACAUGUACCAUAUUCAGUGUUCGCUCGCACCAAUCAGUCAAACCGCGCCGCUGUUCAUGAGGAUGCAGGAGCAUCUUUGCCGGGACAUAAAAGAUGUUGCCCUGAAGGAACAUAUUCUACUGGCGAUUCCGUAUGUUGAGUUUGGAGAGUGGCAUGGUUUAUUCACUGAUAACUAUAUUCUCCGAGAAACAUACUAUUAUCCUGACAGGAACCACGUACACUCGGCUUACAUCUUACCACCACUCCCGCUGCUGCCAACACCUCAGGAAAUACGUGAGAGGCAGAUCAAAGAAGCAGACCUGUUUCUUCUCUGUUUAAGGAAUAGAGCGAAGCACAGAAUGGACUAUCUCCGGCGGGUGACUCACUAUUUAGCCCAAGGCUCAGAUUUAGCAACACAUGCACGGUUCUCGCUGGUAAAUUGUGUCCUGCAAGAAGAAUUGGAGAGAGCUAAAGAGACAAAGGACCUGAAGCUGCAUGAGUUUCUUUGAGGAUGGUCUCUCAUUCCUUGAGGGUUGAGACCACGGUUUGGCAGCAAAGUUGCAGAUAACUCUUCAGGGGGGCCAUCACCUCCAGGGAGAUAUAGAACUCCGCUGAAGUGAUCAAGCACGCUGUCUGCAAGGGCACCAAGGCCGUUACCAUGCUCCUUCGAUUUCGGGCUUCUUGUCUGAAGAGUCAGGUUCAGCCCUACAUUUGUACUGUGUUAACUAGGCUGGCUGUGCUGUUGUUUGGCUCCGGAGAAAAAGCAAUGGUCGUGUGAUUCUCAUUUGAAUCAUUGCCUUAACUUCCUUGUUUCUCUUCCUGUCCUUGAUCUUGUCUUUUAGUCCGGUGAGGAUCCUUGCGUUAAUUUGCUUGUUUCUCUUACUAUCUUUGAUUUUGUGUAGCAAGUUCUUUUUUCUGUUUUGUAUUGUUGUCGCGGCAACAUCACUCGCACAGAUAUGACGGUAUUGUCUCAGAUCAAAAUCAAUCAUCUCCAA